AGUAAAUCAAAGUUACCGUUAUUAUUAGUACAUGACAGAUUUAGUGAAUUAAGUAUUUUGAGAUUUCAUCAGGAUUCAUAAGAAAUUUUGUAAAAUUAUGACUACAGAUGUUAACUAUAUCCGAACAUCAAAAGCUCCCUUACCUGUGGUUGGGACAAUGAACCAAGCUGUUGUGGCUGGAAAUACAGUUUUUGUAUCUGGUACACUAGGUUAUACACCUGGUUCAUUGAAGUUAGUUUCUGAUAAUUUGGAAGAGCAAACAAUACAAACUUUUAGAAAUGUGAUAGCUAUUCUUGAAGCAGCUGGAUCUUCUACUAGGAAUGUGGUUCAAGCAACAAUUUUUCUUUCCGACAUAAAUGAUUUGGAAAUUGUUGAAAAAAUAUAUAAUCAAAUGUUUGGUUCUAAAACUGGAGCAAAAACAUACUUGCAGCCAUCGAGUAUGUAUCCUGAUGUGAAAAUUCAAAUGGAAGCUAUUGGAAUAACUGGAAAGAUGGAAGUUGAAAUUAAAUAUGAUCAAUAAAUAGACUUGGAGUGAAUGAACACAAAAAUAGAGUUUUUCAUCUUUUAAAGUUCUUAAUAAUUUAUAUUUUGAUGUCAUACUCAUUAAGAUAAUAAAUAUAUGUUCUCUAAAAAAACUAAUUGUUUAAAAUGCUAUAAAAUAAUGAUUAUUCGAUUAAAUUACUUUUAUUACAAUUAAA